UCAUUCCUCCAGAGCUCUGGAAAGUAGGGAGGAGACUCCUGGCCCAGAACGGCGUGGGCUCCACCCCAGUUACUGAUCUGACUUGGACUUCUUUGUGCCGCAGCUUCCCCCACUCUAAAGUGGGCAUGUGCUUAGGCACCGUUCUUCCUGCCUCAGAGUAACUGUAAGGAUCACAGUAAACCUGGACAACUUGCCCCAGUACUUUGUAUCCAGAAAGUACUAUGAGACAUACACCAUCAGGUUUUUGUGUGUGUGUGGAGCUAACAGCCGAAGCAUCUUGGUUUCACUAGAAGCAAAAUCUGUGCUAUGUUUUUUGAGGACAUAAGUGAUUUUCUCACAGGUUCGUUCCUUGGUACUCCCAAAUGGAGGGGCUCGCAAGUGGAAUUUCACUUGAAAUGAAGGAGGCAUUGUGCAGAAUGGGUGAGAGGAGAGAGAAAUGAGAAGAGAUGGCCAAUUCAUAGAACUUUUUGGAAAUACAGACCACAGGAAUAAUUGGUACAGUGUAGGGAGUGCCAUCCAGCAGACAGUUCUUAAUUAUUAUUAGCAAUUAUUAGUGUGGACCUACUAUGUGCUAGGACUAAAGUGAGUCAGAUACAUAACUUGUCAAUAAUAAACCAUGUUUGGUGGUGUAUGCCUGGAAUCCCAGAAGGAAGAGGCAAGAGGACCAAAAGUUCAAGCUCAUCUUCAGCUACUGUGGGAGCUCAUUUUCAGGUUUCCUCGUGGCUUUACCCAGCAGGUCUGCAUAGAGAGGAUGAUUAGACCACAGGCCUGAGUGCAGGUGUCCGAGAUGGCCUGCACUUGGCUGUGCUGGGGGAGGUCUUUUUGCUCCACACCUUGACAUUCCUAUAGAUACCCUAGGGCAGAGACACUCUAGGCCCGAUGGAUUAGGAUCCAGGCCCUCUCGAGGCUAUCCUGUAUUUUCUAUCUGUUCCUCCCCCUCUACCUUUCUAACUAAUAGUUCCUGCUGCCCCUACUCAAGAGCACUCUGGGGAAAUGUGGGGCUGGUGGGUAGCCCCUCCCACAAGCUACAUAGAGAAUUACCAAGUUCAAGGCUAGCUUAAGCUACAUGAAACCUGUCUCCAAAAAUCUAAACCCAAAACACUUGUAAAAUGUUUCAAGUGAAAAUUUGCGUUUCCAGGCAGAGAAACCCUGAAAAGGAGUGAUUAUUACCAUGUACUUUAUAGUUACAUUUUGGUCAAUGAGACGUGGCAUAUACUGUGGUAUCAUAGUGUACUUUGUCUCUUAUUGACCAAAAUGUACCAUAGAGCCUAUGUGUGUAGUAGACUAUACAAUCUAAGUAUUUGUAAGUGUACAAUGAUGAAGUCACCUAGUAUCAUAUUUCUCAGAAUGUACCACUCACUAAGUGAUUCAUGACUAUAGUUAAAGAACUGAGCCAAGAAUUGAUUGACUAUAAAAAAGUUUUAUUCUAGAGCUGAAAGGUUUUACUCAUCUUAACCCCACCUUCCAGCUCAUUCCAUUUUCCCCACUAAGACUUAAUGAAGUCUAUGGUAUUUUCUUAUGGUAUACAUUAAUAAAGGAAUACUGAUAUUUGUCUUAGUAGAUAUAUAGUACAGUAGGAAAGAAUAAGCUGGGUUAUAACCCUAGCUUGGUCACUGGCUGCAUGACCUUGGGCAUGAAUCCUGUGUCUCAGAGUCCUUGUGUAUUAAUUUGGUAUAAUACCUUAUCUCUAUCUUCAGAUGGAAUAUUUAAUGAGCUUGUUUUUGCAGGUGUCUAGCCUGUGUCUGUACAUGCUAGAUCUCAACAUUACUUCUUUUACUUUUCCAAACAUUUCCGUAUAAUUCUAACCCCUUCUACAUUUAUAGUGCUUGAUCUAGCUACCUUAUUGUUGAGGCCGUAUUGUAGUACCUCUGAUGAUCUUAAAAAUGUUCUGUAAACUAAUUCUUACUGUUUUGUCUGACCACUCAUGAGAUCUUCUGCAUUUUACUGCUCCUUCAAGCAGUUUCCAACUUCCCUGACCCAUCUAGUCCCAUUUCACAGACGCAUCCGUUUCUCUGUGCUGGUCCUGUGUGAGUGUUCUUGUCUGGUUUCUGUCUUCCUAGCCAGACAUCUUGACCUGCUGACACAAACAGCGCUGUAGUCCCUCCCCAUCAGUGGACAUGGAAAGAAGGGAGGUAGCAGUUCUUAGCACAAGCCUCAGACUAUCAUGCUCUCUUCAACUCCCCCACUCCUCUCCUAAGGAAAAGGAAGCAUUGUCUGGGUGGCUGGUCAAUUCUUUUCUCCAUGUUGCCAAGAGCAUCAACAUCUAAAGAAAUCGAUGCUGGACUUCUUUCUAUUAUUUCUUUCCCGGCCUUUGCAGUAGAAGAUGUGAACCUUGUAAAUGUGACCAAAAAUGAAAUCAUUUCCAAGCUUCAGGGGCGUUAUGGAUGCUGUCGCUUCCUUCGGGAUGGUUAUAAAACCCCAAGAGAGGACCCACAUCGAUUGCAUUACGACCCUGCCGAACUUAAGCUCUUUGAAAACAUUGAAUGUGAAUGGCCUGUGUUCUGGACUUACUUAAUCAUAGAUGGAAUCUUCAAUGGUGAUGCUGUUCAGGUCCAGGAAUACCGAGAAGCUCUGGAAGGAAUCUUAAUCAGGGGCAAAGAUGGGAUCCACUUGGUGCCAGAACUCUAUGCCAUCCCACCAGACAAGGUGGAUGAAGAAUACAAGAACCCACACACAGUAGACCGAAUUCCACUGGGGAAGCUGCCCCAUCUUUGGGGACAGUCCUUGUACAUCCUCAGCUCCCUGCUGGCAGAGGGAUUCCUUGCCACUGGUGAAAUUGACCCCUUAAAUAGAAGAUUUUCUACUUCAGUCAAACCUGAUGUUGUAGUACAAGUCGCUGUUUUGGCAGAAAACAGUCACGUUAAGGGGCUAUUGCGGCAACAUGGGGUGAAUGUCCAGAGCAUUGCUGAUGUGCAUCCAAUUCAAGUCCAGCCAGGCCGGAUUCUUAGUCACAUAUAUGCCAAACUUGGUCGAAAUAAGAAUAUGAAGUUGGGUGGUCGACCAUAUCGGCACAUUGGUGUCCUUGGCACCUCUAAACUCUAUGUGAUUAGGAACCAGAUCUUCACUUUUACACCCCAGUUUACGGACCAGCAUCACUUCUACCUGGCCCUGGACAACGAGAUGAUUGUGGAGAUGCUGAGGAUCGAGCUGGCCUAUCUGUGCACCUGCUGGCGGAUGACCGGCCGCCCCACACUCACCUUCCCUGUCACGCACACCAUGCUCACCAGUGAUGGAUCAGAUAUUCAUCCUGCAGUUCUUUCUACAAUCAGGAAACUAGAAGAUGGAUAUUUUGGAGGUGCUAGAGUAAAACUAGGAAACCUGGCAGAGUUCCUCACUACCUCAUUCUACACCUACCUGACCUUCCUGGAUCCAGACUGUGACGAGAAGUUGUUUGAUGACGUCAGUGAUGGGAGCUUUAGUCCUGACAGUGAGUCAGACAUAGGAGGAUACAUGGAGGACAGCACUCAUCCAGAAAGCCAAGAUGAACUUGACCAGUAUAUCAACCACCUUCUUCAAAGCACAUCCUUGAAGUGCUACCUGCCUCCUCUUUGUAAGAAGUCAGAAGACAGACAUGUUUUCAGCGCUGUCCACUCCACUCGGGACAUACUUUCUGUGAUGGCCAAAGCGAAGGGUUUGGAAACUCCAUUUUUUCCAAUGGUUUUGCCAACUAAAGUUCUGAGUGGACACCGGAAGUCACUGAAUCUUGUUGACUCCCCUCAGCCACUCCUAAAGAAGACUCCUGAAUAUGACUGCCAGUGGCCCAGAGACGACCAUGGUGAAAUGGACUGUGAAAAGCUGGUUGGGCAACUGAAAGACUGCUCAGACCUACAGGACCAAGCGGACAUUCUGUACAUUCUUUAUGUAAUAAAGGGGCCCAGCUGGGAUACCAAUCUGUUUGGACAGCAUGGAGUCACUGUUCACAGUCUUCUCAGCGAGCUCUAUGGAAAAGCUGGCCUGAAUCAAGAAUGGGGUUUGAUCCGCUACAUUUCAGGCCUGCUCAGGAAGAAAGUGGAGGUCCUGGCUGAGGCUUGUGCAGAUCUGCUGUCCCACCAGAAGCAGCUUACAGUGGGCCUGCCCCCUGAGCCCCGGGAGAAGACCAUCUCCACGCCUCUUCCCCCAGAGGAGCUCACAAAACUCAUCUAUGAGGCCAGUGGCCAGGACAUCAGCAUUGCCGUCCUCACACAGGAGAUCGUGGUGUACCUGGCCAUGUAUGUUCGGGCCCAGCCUAGCCUCUUUGCAGAGAUGCUCAGACUCCGGAUUGGAUUGAUCAUCCAGGUGAUGGCCACAGAGUUGGCUCGGAGCCUGAACUGCUCAGGAGAAGAAGCUUCAGAGAGUUUGAUGAACCUCAGCCCCUUCGACAUGAAGAACCUCCUGCAUCAUAUUCUGAGUGGGAAGGAGUUCGGUGUGGAAAGAAGCGUGCGCCCAAUUCACUCCUCCACAUCCAGCCCUGCCAUCUCCAUCCAUGAGGUGGGUCAUACUGGAGUCACCAAAACUGAGAGGAGUGGCAUCACCAGACUGAGGAGUGAGAUGAAACAGUUCUUUCCUGUGGGCCAGGCUGUGUCCAACAGUUUGCAUUCCUUCAAGUCUGCGAGGUCCAGUACCCCAUCCUCCCCAACGGGCACAUCAUCUACAGACUCCGGAGGACACCACAUGGGAUGGGGGGAGCAGCAGGGCCAGUGGCUGCGCAGGAGAAGGCUGGACGGGGCCAUCAACAGGGUCCCCGUAGGAUUCUACCAGAGAGUGUGGAACAUCCUUCAGAAGUGCCAUGGUCUGUCCAUCGAUGGUUAUGUCCUCCCGUCUUCAACAACUCAAGAGAUGACCCCGUGUGAGAUCAAGUUUGCUGACCACGUGGAGUCAGUACUCAACCGUGUGUCCCAGCCCGAGUAUCGGCAGCUGCUGGUGGAAGCCAUCAUGGUACUGACACUGCUCUCAGAUACGGAGAUGGACAAUAUCGGGGGCAUCAUCCAUGUGGACCAGAUUGUGCAGCUGGCCAAUCAGCUGUUUCUUCAGGACCAGGUAUCGUUUGGAGCCACAGACAUCCUGGAAAAAGACCAAGCCACAGGAAUUUGUCACCUGUUUUAUGACAGUGCUCCUAGUGGGGCUUAUGGUACAAUGACCUACCUAACGAAAGCAGUGGCUUCUCAUUUGCAGGAACUGCUGCCCAGUUCAGGCUGCCAGAUGCAAUAGGGCCUUACCCGUAAACACGACCGCCCUCUGAAUCUGCACUCGGUCCCAUAGCCUCAUUGGGAAGUUUCUUCUGCCUUCCCCCUGGGUCCCCUGCUCUGAUCCCCACCAGAAAGCUUCCCGGGGAGGAGAUGACAGUACUCAAGCCGGAAGCAAUGUGUGUUUAAGCCACAGAUAAAGCUGAUGAAUCCCCGCUCCCCUGAGAAGCAGCCUGGGAUCAUUUUCUAGGUUCAUUUCACUGGAACGUUUCUCACAGCAGCUGGGCUCAUGGACUCCGAAAAGGAACUGGAAAUUGGUCUCUUCUGAGUGCAGAGUGAACGGAGAAGCCAGCUUAAAUUGGCUCUCACCGAGAGUUACAGAAAUAGGUUCGAUGAGCUGGUGACACAUGUUGAAGGUGGAAAGAUCCUUCCAGCGACAAUAGCUAGACAAGCAGACCUUGACAGGGGCACAGCCCAACAGAAUGCAGGCUGUCUGAGAACCAAACUGUUUACCCAACAGAAUAAUUCGGUCUCUCUGGAAAUCGUUCCUAACCCCCCACUCUAUUGAGGUCAUAUAAUUCUUCAUUGCCCAAAUGAACUAAAUUGGCCCUAGUUAAUAUUGGCUCGUAGUCUUCAGAGGAUCUUGUCCUGACUGUCCACAAAUUACAGGAGUCUCCUCUCACCCUAGAAAAAAUUCCUUAUCUUCCAGAAUCCAGAACAAAACAACAACAAAAGGAAGGUGAGGCUCUGAUUCUUCUGAUAGCCAGACUGUUUUAGGAGGGGGUCCUGUGGAAAGAAUGGCCUAUGUCCCUGCUCCCCCUGAGAUCACCACCAUGCAUGCUCAAAGCAUGAGUCAGCAUUUGCCAUGGAAAUUCGUGGUGUGUUCCUGCAGAAACAAUGCUCCCUUAAAAACAGCCUGGGAACCCAAACCAUUUCUACAGAAGCACUCUUAGAUGGGUAUGGUUGGUACACUAUGGCAGAGAAGGCUGAGUCCUGGCUGGCAAAGUCUGGCGAAUCUUUCGUCAUUGUCCUGGUGAAUGGAGGUUCUUUUUAAGCCUUGCCUUGCCCAUGUUGGGACAGGGAUAAAUAACUGAAAGAGUAUUUUCUGUGAAUAAUCAGGGCUGAAGGACAAAGUCACCUAGUGGCCAAGUGCUACAUUCCCAUCUAGUUGUGAGAGGUUCCAAUUUACAGUGACUCUUCACCUCUGAAGUGGAAACAAGGCUGCUUUAUCAUCUUCUCAAAGUCUGUGUGGAGAAGGGUCUUGGUGUUCAGAGGUGAACAGUAUCCCUCAGGGUGGAGAUUCGGGGCUGACUUCACUUCAUUCUCAAAACAGAAGGUGGCAGGGUGCCCUGCUAUUCCUUACCACUUCUAGGCAUUUCUAAAAAAUGUAUUUACCUGUGUGUGUCUGUGUGAGUGUGUGCCACCUGUGUGGGAGUCCCUGCAGAGGCCAGAAGAGAGCAUCAGAUCCCCAAGAGCUGGAGCUACUGGCAUUUGUGAACCACCCUGAUAUGGGUACUGGGCCCCAAACUCGGGUCGUUUAGAAGAGCAGCAAGUACCUGCUGAGCCAUCUCUCCUGCCCUCUUGGAUCUUUAAGACAUCUUCAACAUAAACCAUCUUCAACAUAAACCAGGGUCAGAGUCAUGUGGUCAACUGACAGGUUCCCUGGUAGGUAAUUUCAAACAUACAGUGAGAAAAGAACAAGGCUUGAAAGGCAUGGGAGAAGUUCUAGAAGCAGAGCCCCUCAGACUGGGCCCAGUGCUAAUUCCGAGCACUCUUAGCCUGCCAAUGCUGUGGCUGUGACGUGAGAAGUGGCAGCUGCUGGGUUGGGCUCAAGAUGAGCCACAAUAAGCAAUUCACUGUAGCCUCCCAGCCACUCUUUGAAAUCUCUCUCCAAUGAAGUCCUGAAAUAGGACUGCAUUUCCACAGGCAGCAAGCUGCCAGCUUCAAAGGAGGAGAGCAGGCUUCCGAGACGAUCCCUUUAGUGAGCGGCCGAGGCCAUGCCCACGAGGGACAGAUGUUUGAGAGGACGAUGACAGUCCCAUCCUGACAUCAUCCUUGCCUGGAGGCGCUGGUGGGGAGAAGGCCCCAUAGCCUUCAUAGCCCCUGUGGCCUCCGUCUUGGCCGGCUGUUCCCCAACUCCCAGAGGCAUGGCAAGGAGCCUCUUUCCUGUCUUCCCUCCCAAAGCUGAAAAGCCAGUUUUUAACCUUUGCAGGGGACUAGAAUGUGGUCCUAGAGGACACAUCAGUGAAUUCAGGAGUUAAUUUCAUAUUUAGCAGAUCCAGUUGAAAGGCGGCAGGCUGCCCUCUGGUCUGCUUGUCCCGGUUUUGCCAAAGGUAAGCUCUGCUAUCCUGGCACUGACACCAGGACUUGAUCUUGGGUGAGGGAGUUGACCUUUGUGUGCCUUUGUUUACCCAUGUGCCAAAAAGAGUAGGAGACCUCCUGACUGGUACAGAAGCUUCCUUUGGCAGUUAGGUGACCAGAUAUUCCCUAGGACAACACCAAGCCAUCUGAAGCGAAGGAACGCUAUGUCAUGUCCAGGUUAGUCUACCCUCCUUCUCAGCCGUAGGGAAGUGUGGUUGGCAGGCGUCAGCUGCCCAGAUAGGAAGAAUGCAAAUAUUUCUUGUAGAACAAAAUGGAGAGCCCACCAGUCAAGAGGCAAAGAAACACUUGGCCAGUUGAUUGAUGCCAUUGGUUUCUGGACAAGAUGACAGGAGCCUUGGCCUCUUUCCAUAAACUACAGUGGAGUCAUCUCUCCAUCCUGUUGCCUUGUGCACAAGUCCAACAAGUCACCUUUGACUUCUCUGCUUCCUUGUUGUCAAAGGGGACAACAGUCUCUCAUCUCUCCCUGUGUGCCAUUCUCUUUCAAGGUGACUCCAGCUUUUGAAGUCCCUGCCAUCUGCCACGUGCAGCUCUGUACUUUGCAGGAUGGAAGCACAUCAUGUUCCCAGGAUGCCUUCUGUUCUCCAGACAUGGCCAUUGAUAGUUCUGCUUGUGAAGAAAAAAGCAGCACUUUGCCCUCACAGAGCCCAGUCCCCCUUGUCUCUCUCCAUCAGAAAGCCAAUUAGGAAAAGCCAUAACCUUGAGUUACUGAGAGAAUUCUCAGAGGAGUGAGAAGAGCAGUUACUAAGAUUAGCUUCCAAUCUUGGACUGUGUGCCUGAUUGAUGGUAGGGGAAAAUUCCAUCAGAAAACUAUCUUUCAAGAGAAGAUAUGCGUGUGUAUUUUUAAGGGACUAUAAUGCCUUCUUAGAGAGACUGGACUCAGUAGAAACAGUGAACUCUGAUCGUGUGUGACUUUCCCCUUGCCUUACUGCAGUACAUAACUGUUCUGAGAAAUGAACAAAUGAAUCUGAAGGCAUGUGCAGCAUGCCUUCCAUGGCCAGGCAUCGCUAACUAAGCACAUAGAGACUUGGCCAUGCACAGUGGCAGAUAACGAGCAGCCCACUCAUUUCUGAAACCCUCAGAGGAAGGGACAUUGACCAGGCUGCUUAUCCAAGAGUUCUUCAUGCUGAUCUGUUGACAUUCACAUCUCAGUUCUAAAUCCGGUGGCUGCCGAAGCCUUCCGCUUCCAGCUAGUGGAGGUGAGGUGACAAGCUUUGCAAAGGACAGGGCUUCAGGUUGACCAUGCUGCAUCUUCAUUGGGCACAAGGGAUAACUGCUUCCAUAGUUCUUUUGUGUGUGUGUGUGUGUGUGUGUGUGUGUGUGUGUGUGUGUGUGUGUGUGUGAGAUGUAUGGUGUCGAUGUGUGCAAUUGUGCACAAUUAGAGGCUAGAGGAAGACAUUGUGUAUCCUCUGUCGCUCUCCACAUCAUCCUCUUGAAUCAGGGUCUCAUUGGAUCUGGAGACAAGCUGAAAGCUAGCAAGCCUCCAGUCUCUACUCUCCCACACGCCCCACUUGUGUGUGCAUGCAUCCAACACACACAUGAUGCUGAAGCUAGAAGCACAUGUGUGGCUGCACCUGACCUGUUUAUAUGAGUUUGGGGGUUUAAACUCAGGUUCUUCUUGCAUAGCAAUCGCUCUUACCUGCUGAGCCCAGAGCCACCCACAUCUCCUAUUCAGAAGGAUCAGCCCAGCUACACAUUCAGGAUGGACUUGCCAAGGAGAAAUACCAGUCAGUAAUUGACUCUUGGCUCUCAUGGCCGUAGUGUCACUUUUGGCCAAAUGUCUCAGUUCUUACUUGCAAAUAACAGAAUCACACCCUAGCUCAGUAAAUGCGAAAGAUAUUCCAUAAAGAAGAUUGACUAAGUCACAUAUCACCAGAACCAAAUCUCCAGAUUGCUCCCAGGCUCCCAGAUGCCCCUGAUGCAGGGUACUGCCACCAAGGCCAGAUGGGCCCCCUCUGCCCUUCAGGAAACUGAAUGUAGGGACUGCCACCUGUCAUCAGCAUGGACUGUAAACAACCACAAGCUGCCAGUACAAGGCCUUGGGCAGGAAUGCAGUAUCUGCUGGUGGAAGAGGCCAUUAGCUGGUCGUCUGCCUCUACAGUUGAGGUGGACUCAACCUCACAGUGUAGAGAUAAUGAAUUGGGUUGAGGCCAGCCAUCCUAAACAAACAUGAUUUCAGCCAGGAGUCUAGUUUUUGUUCUUUGUCCAGAAAAGAAGGACCCACCCCCCACCCCGUGUCUGAGCUGGAAAACUGGCUGUGGAAGUUGUGUGGAGAGUGAAGAGAGCACACAGGAACGUUGCCCCUGGCUGGAAACAGGACAAUUGUUUGUAUGUUCUCCUUGGAAGUACAGCUGCCAAGCCACGGUUGUUAGAUCGCCACUGGUAUCCAGGGACAGCCUCCCACCACCACCACAUAGCCCUCAGCUUCCAGUGAGCUGUCAUAAAUCAGUCCAGCAAAGCUUGGGGGAGUUGCUGAUGGACCACACAUUCUUCGUGACCACAAGCCCAGCCCGAUUAGGCUUUCUGGACCCUGAGUGACAGCCCAUCUGGAACAAGAUGCAAAUGAUUGUCACAUCUUUCCUUCUAAGCCACUAGCCAGCUGGGGGAUUUAAAAAUAAAGAAUUGGAACAGAA